UGGAGUUAUUAUUUUAGAAUAAUUAUAUAUUAAUUAUAAGAGGUACAAAUGUAUAGAAAUUCGUAUCAACGUGGAAUGCUUACGGUAUUUUUCAGCGUAGGUUCAAAACCCUUAAAUAUAUGGGAUACACAUACUCAAGAUGGUUACAUUACCAGGUUUUUGGAUCAAGAUAUAAAGUCAAUGGUAUUAGAGAUAGGAGGAACUAAUGUAAGUACAACUUACAUGACUUGUCCAAAAGGUAAAAUGGUUUUGGGAAUUACUAUGCCAUUUUUGGUCAUGAUAGUUAAAAAUCUAAAAAAAUAUUUUUCAUUCGAAGUAACCAUACUGGAUGAAACUGGGACACGGAGAAGAUUUCGGGUUUCGAAUUUUCAAAGCACAACUCAGAUACUGCCACUUUGUACGGUUAUGCCUAUUGGACUUUCCGAAGGAUGGAAUCAAAUUCAAUUUAAUUUGGCUGAAUUUACUAGACGUGCAUAUAAAAAGCAAUUUGUCGAAGUGCAAAAAUUAAAAAUUAAUGCAAAUAUUCGGUUGAGACGGAUAUAUUUUGCAGAAAGAUUAAUACCAGAAGAUAAACUGCCUCCAGAAUAUAAAUUGUAUUUUCCUUUGGGUAAUAAAGAAGCAAAAGGAAAGAAAGAUUCAAAGUUAGACAUAAAAGAUGACAUCAAACAAAUUCCAUCACAACAAACAGCUUUAAAAGUUACAGAAGAGAAGAAAGAAAGCAAUGCCGACAUAAUAAUAUCUGGGUCUAAGAGGUCAGUACAUUCUGUUGAGAAAAUUUCAUCACAGGAAACAAAUAUAAGAUCUGCAGAAAAAAUUGAGACAGUGACAGAUGUUGUUGAAGUAGCUGAUCAUACUAUUAAUUUGCCUAAAGAGAUAUUAGAACAGGCAGUGGAAAAUCAAGAAAUUAAAGAAAAAUCAUUAGAAAUAGAAGGCGAAACUGUUCAGGAAAAUUCAGAAGCUGAGGCAAUGCAAGAGAUACUAACUGACAUCGUUACGGAACUUAUAGUAAUGGAGCCGGAAGUUGGACCUGAAGCACAAAUUGAGAUUGCUGAAUAA